UCCUUCUACCAACUUGUUUCUGAAUGAUCUUCCGGAAACAAUGCUACGCUAGAGAAUGCGAAGGCCUUCGAGUAGCAAACAGUGCUUCCGAGACGUUGGAAUGUGCCAGUCAUCCACCAAAGUGAAACAUCAGAACGAUUAGGGAUGAGGCCUAAACCCGCUCAACGGAAUGCGGGAAGAAUCCGCUGAGCAAGGUUUAGUAUCAUUUUCACAUGCGAGAGUCUUGGGGAGUCGAGACUGAGGUCCAUAAAUAUAUUCUUGGUGGGAUUGGGUCCUUAUCUAUUCCGUGAUCUGUCGGGUCGUUUCUUUUAUUCUUAGAGUCUUCUUUAUACGACUGUCAAGCCAUGGUUUAAGAGUCAGUUCCUACUUCAUGAUCUUAAGCAAGUCUCAAUUGCCCUGCAGAGGCCUCAACUCCUUUACGAUCCAACUCUAGAUAUCCAACUCACGAUGCCCCACCUACAGCGACAUCCCCUCGCGACCACGCCAUCUCCCUACCCAUCGGCUCAUCCCGCCAAACCCAGCGACAUCUCCAAUCAAACUUCCAUCCUCUCCCUCGUCCUCCCUACGAUCCUCUCCUCUCGCCUCAGGAAGCUCCCCUACCUUAAUUCCAGACCUUCCAGUCCCAUGGCCGGCCACAGCGCGAGCCUUUCCACGGAAGACCUGUCCAGAUUCGCUACCCCGCCACCGAUAUAUACAAGCAGGCCAGGCAGUCAGGACUUCUUCAGCUCUAUAUCCGGAGAUGAAAGUGACGGCGAGACAGAUGCCGCAUUUCGUAUUCCACCGAGGCGGUCAUUGCUCUUAGUAGCCACCCCCACCGCAGAGGCGUCGACGGCCGUGAGGUACGAAGAGAGUAGCGGGAUCAAUUGGAAGUACGCCAGCCAAGGUAAAUCACUAUAUCAAUCCCCACCCUUACUAUCGUACAACAAUAAUUUACCUCUACCUUCUUAGGUCUGCUCUUCCUCAAAUCAGCGUCCACAACCGCGAGCGCACCCGCUUCAACUCCCUCCGAUCGCCCGCUCAUCCGCCAACUAUACCUCCACUCCCUCAGCUACUUACUGCGUGGGUUACCCGCGGACAUGUCCCCCGCCGAGAUGUCGGCCGUACGGAAUAGCCUGCCGCCGUCCAUGGCCCUCGUUCCUGGUCCGUCUCAGGAUAUCGUGGAAUGCGGGCACUCAUGUACUACGAUAACAACUUGUUCAACUGCGAGGUGCUCUGGACCAAACACAACGCUACAACCCCGCCACGAGCCUUCCAUGCUCCACCGAUCCAUCGCAUCCGCCACCACCCAGCUCCUCCUCCUAGUCUCUUUCCUAUUACCCUAUGUGAAAUUCCUCCUUGCGUGGCUAUACCGGGUUGAGAGAGCCCAUCGGAUCUCGGAGCGGGUGGUUACGGGGGGUCUUGGUGCGGUGGAGGGAGGGAUGUUGAUAGG